GACCGGAUUCAAAUAAACCCCCCAGCUCUCUCACCCCAUUAAAUUGGCCCCUCUCUAUUAAAACCCCUUUUUCCUAUUUCCCUCUCUCUAUCUCUCUCUACAGUUCCUUCUACGACGACUCCCUCCCUUCUCUCUCCGACUUCUCAAGAACCCUUCAGGAUUAAUGGCGGGGAAAGGCGGAAAGGGGCUUUUGGCUCAGAAGACCACAGCAGCGAGCAAGGACAAGGACAAGGAUAAGAAGAGGCCUGUUUCGCGCUCGUCUCGUGCUGGAAUUCAGUUUCCGGUUGGUAGGAUUCAUAGGCAGCUGAAACAAAGGAUUGCUGCCCAUGGGCGUGUUGGGGCUACUGCUGCUGUCUACUUGGCCUCAAUCCUCGAGUACCUGACUGCUGAAGUUCUUGAGUUGGCUGGAAAUGCUAGCAAAGAUCUCAAGGUGAAGAGAAUUACCCCAAGGCAUCUUCAGCUGGCUAUUAGGGGAGAUGAGGAGCUUGACACCCUGAUUAAAGGGACCAUUGCUGGAGGUGGAGUCAUUCCUCACAUCCACAAGUCCCUCAUCAACAAGACCUCGAAGGAAUAAGCGGAUUCAUAUGGCUAUUAAACUGAUGGAUGUGUUUAAUAUUAUGACUGUUGCAUUAUGCUGUUAAUGGUUAUUUAGUUUAGCUAGGGAUUUUAGUACAUAUGGGCAAUCUGGUGUUUGCCUUUUGGAACUAAUAUCUAUGUUCAGGUUUUGUGUCUUGUUGGAUAGUUGUAACAGUAUUAUUGCUUUAUUAAUCUUUAUCCGGAUUUAAAA